AUGACUAUGUCUGAACUCGCAUUGGGUGAUGAAAGGGCAGAAUUUAUAGCUGAGUAUAUUCUGACCUCACAUAAACUUAAAAAUGAUAAGUGGAUGAAAUUGUGGAAUACCGAUGAUAUUAAACAAAAAAUUACCAAUUUUUUUGACAAGCCUGAUAUUACACAACUUUUCAUUCUUUUGAUGCCAAGUGGCUUUUUAACUGCAGAAAAUGAAUUUCCUGUUGGUUCCAAGUCCAAAGCUAGCUUUUUUAUGAAGAAGUCAAAGGAGGCAAUCCCUAAAGACGGUGUCAUAACGAAAUAUAUCUUCUAUGGUGAUCUUUCAUACAGUCCUUUGGAUCAUUUUUCCGUAUUCGUUGACGAAGUUCUUGUCCCUGUUUUGUCUAACAAGAAAAACUACAGUUCUUGGCCAUCUGUUGUUUAUGAGGACGUCAUAAAAUAUGCACACGGUCUGAAGAGGCAGACCGAUAUUGUCGUUGGGCAGGCAAAAGGGAAGACAUUUUUACCUCUACCAAUUGAACAAGAGCGAUUAAAGGAGCAUGUUAAAGAAGGUAAGGUGAAUCGAAGCUUUAUAUAUGCUAUUGAAUCACUUGUCAUUGACUGGUCACACCAAAUCCAUAAAGUAUUACUAAGAGACUCAUCUCAAUCAUUAUUAAGUGGAUCACAUCCCACUCCAUUGGUAGAACUGGAUUUUUGGAAGGCAAAAGUAGCAAAUCUUGAAAAUAUAUAUUCUCAGUUAUGUACACCAAAAGUCAAACAAAUGGCGCAAAUUUUAGAGCAGGCUAAUAGUAGCUACUUUGUUCCAUUUAAAGAAAUGUUUAAAUCUAUUGUAACAGCUUUACGUGAAGCACAAGAUAUUGACAUGCACUUAAGUAUGAUGCGUACAAGAUUAGAAGAUAUGGAGCAAGCUGAAUUCGACCAGUUAUCACAACAUAUUGAGCCUGUUUUUGAUCUAAUCUGUUUAGUAUGGGCUAGUUCUAAAGGUUACCGACAACCAUCAAGAAUACUAGUUCUCCUGCAGGAAUUAUGUAAUUUAAUGAUUAAUCAAUGUCGAACAAAUUUAGAUCCCUAUGAUAUAUUAAAAGGUGAAGCUGAAGAGAUUCAACCUAAAAUUGAAUAUACUUUGAAGUUAUUACAUAAAUUUAAAAAUAUAUAUCAUCAACAUCGUGAAAACUUACCCAAAUAUUUUGAAACAGUUUCUAAAAAACUAAAUAUUUCAGAUGAAAUUACUUUGUGGGAAUUCAAAAAUGAACUAGCAUUUAGUCGAUAUGAUUCAUUUGUUGAACGUGUUAAAUCAGUACAUCAUUUAGUGUCAACAGCUAUUGAAUUUUUAAAAUUAGAAAAGUUAGUAUUUGGUGGAAUUGAAGGCGGUUCAUUAAAUCAACGUGUCACAGAAAUUUAUGAAUCGUUUUGUAAUACAUACAAGAUGUUCAAUGACAGAACAUAUGAUGUUCUGGAUCCUAUGAAUGAAGAAUUUUGUAAGGAUUUCUCAGAUUUUAACAAAAAUGUUCAAGAUUUAGAACAUCGACUGUCUAAUGUGAUUGAACAUGCCGUAGACGACUGCCCUGCUUUAGAACAUUUUCUCAAGCUUAUCAGUAUUCUACAUACAUUACUGGACAGACCCAUAAUCAAGGAGAGCUUUCAACCUAAAUAUAAAUUAUUAACUCAAAUGUUAAAUGAAGAAAUGGAUACAGUGAAAAAUAUCUAUGACUAUCAUGUAGCUGGUGAAAAAUCUAGACAAGAAAUUCUGUCAUUGAACUCAACAUCAUCUGCAAAUAACAAGCCACAAACAGGUGAUAAAUCACCAGAAGAGAAGCAUGAUGUAAAACCUGGUCUUAACAAGAAACAACCAUCUUAUUAUUCAGAAAUUCAUAAAAAUAUGCCUAGAUUAUCAGGAAAUUUAAAAUGGGCAAGUGAUUUAAAAAGCCGCAUUACACAACCCAUGGAAAUGAUUAAUCAAUUAGACUUACCAAUAUUUCACACCAAAGAAGGUGAAUUAAUUCAAAAGAAAUAUGAUCAAAUACUGAAUCUCCUUCAUGACUAUGAAAAACGUGCCUUUGAUGAAUGGUCUAAAAGUGUAGAUGAAAUAUGUUCAUUUAAUUUAUCUCAACCAUUACUUGUACGUGAUUUAAAUACGAAAAUGCUAAGUGUAAAUUUUGACGCAAAACUUGUAGCUAUUCUUCGUGAGGUUAAAUAUUUAGGCUUAUAUACAGAAGAAAUAAUUCCUGAUUCAGCAACUAAAUUAUAUGAACAAAAUGAGAAAUUGCGCAAUUUUCAUAUUAGUUUAGAUAUGAUUGUUCAAGCAUAUAGUUAUUUAUCUAAUCAACUUAUAUCUGUUGAAACAGAAUUAAUAAACAACGAAAUGGGUUUAUUUGAUAACCAAGCGAAAGAAGCUGAAACCUCAUUGAGUUGGAAAACUAGUGACGCAUGGGAUUAUAUACAAAAAACACGAAACCAGAUCGACGAUUUAAAACAUCGCGUCGUACAAACUCAAGAAAAUGUACAACAAAUUCGUUUAAUCAUGACCACUUGGUCUAAAAUACCAUUGUUUGAACGCAAAGAUGGUAAAAAAGAUACGUUAUUAGGAUUGGAUGAUCGAGAGGAUAGGUGUUCUAAACGUUAUACAGAAAUUGCAGAUGCCGGGAAACAAAUACUUAGUCUUCUGCAAACAAAUCGUGAAUUACUUAAAGCUAAUGAAAGUGAUCCUGCUUGGACAAAAUACAUUGAAUAUAUUGAUAGUAUUGUAGAAAAUGGUCUUGUUCAAACAAUUGAAUGUAGUUUAAAUUAUUUACUUACCGAAACUGAAGAUGCACCAAUAACAGCUGCUUUGUUAGAAUCUCAAAUGGAACUACAAGCUCCAGAUAUAUCAUUUCAACCAUCUAUGGAUGUUGAAUCGAAGAAUGGGCUGUAUUCACUUGUUGAUCAUAUUAUUGAGGAUAUUUAUAAACAAGCCACAUUUAUUCCCUAUAUAACCAAUUUGAGUAUGAAAGAAAGCUAUAUGACCAAAAUGAAUCAAAAUGAAAAUUUAUCAAAAAAACGUAAACAACUAUUAGACCGUGUAGAAAUUGUGAUGAAAAAGGCAUUAAUUUAUCGUGCCACGUUUGAUGCAUAUUCUUAUUUAUGGAUUGAUGAUCGGAAUGAUUUUAUGCAGCAGUUUUUACUUUAUGGACAAGCUGUCAGUCAAGAAGAUCUUGAUUUAAUCAAUACUGGCGGUAUACAAAGGACUAAUGAAUUAGAUGAUAAUUCCAGUAAUUUACCAGUAUUAAAACCACCAACAUUGGAACAGUUUAAAGAGCAAAUCGAUUAUUAUGAAAAAAUCUAUGAAGAGGUUGGUAAAGUGGAUGGAUCUACUAAAUUUGAUUCUUGGUUCCGUGUAGAUGCUCGUAAAUUUAAACAAGCGCUCAUAAAUGUCAUUAAACGAUGGAGUCUAAUGUUUAAACAACAUUUAAUUGAUCAUGUUACAACCAGUUUAGAAGAUUUAAAUAAUUUCAUUCAGGUUUCCACUAAGGGUUUAAGUGUAGAUCUUCAAGAUGGAAAUUAUGAAGCUUUAAUUUCUGUCAUGAAACACCUAGGGCAAGUAAAAGAUCGUCAAAUAGCCACAGAUGAAAUGUUCGAGCCAUUGAAACAAACAAUAGAACUAUUGAAAACAUAUAAUCAAGAAAUGCCUGAUGAAGUACAUCAGUUAUUAGAAUCAUUACCUGAAAAAUGGAACAAUGUCAAAAAACAAGCUAUAUUAAUGAAACAAACAGUUGCACCUUUACAAAAUAAUGAAGUUGCUAAUAUACGUCGUAAAUGUGCACAUUUCGAUGUGAAACAACAUAUGUAUCGUGAGGAAUUCCGUAAAAUGUCACCAUUUAAUUAUAAUUGUCAGAAUCCUUACGAAAUUAUAGACAAGAAUCAUCAAAGUUUAUUAUUAUUGGAAAACGAAAUGUCAAAUCUUCUUACGUCAGCUAGUUUAUUUGAAGUGAAUGUUCCCGAAUUUAAACAAAUUAAACAAUGUCGUAAAGAAUUAAAACUAUUGAAAAUAUUAUGGGAUUAUAUUCAUUUAAUCCAGACAAGUAUACAUAAUUGGACAUUGAGUCCAUGGCGCACAAUAAAUGUUGAACAAUUAGAUUUAGAUUGUAAAAAAUUUGCCAAAGAUUUACGCGGUUUAGAUAAAGAAAUGCGUGCAUGGGAUGCAUAUAUUGGUAUCGAAGAAAAAGUUAAAAAUAUGUUAACAUCAUUAAGAGCAGUAAGUGAAUUACAAAAUCCAGCAAUACGUGAUCGACAUUGGAUACAAUUAAUGAAAGCUACUGGUGUGAAAUUCCAAAUGACUGAAAGUACAACACUAAUGGACUUAUUAUCAUUAAAUUUACACGAAUAUGAAGAUGAAGUACGUAAUUUAGUUGAUAAAUCUGUAAAAGAAAUGAGUAUGGAGAAAGUAUUAAAAGAAAUCAAUGCAACUUGGACACAAAUGACAUUUGAGCAAGAAACACAUUCACGUACAAAUUUAAUUUUAUUGAAAGCAACUGAAGAAUUAAUUGAGACACUUGAAGAAAAUCAAGUACAAUUACAAAAUAUGAUGACAUCCAAAUAUAUUGCUUAUUUUCUUGAUGAUGUAUCAUUAUGGCAAAAAAGAUUAUCUACAGCUGACCAAGUGAUUACUAUUUGGUUUGAAGUACAACGUACAUGGUCACAUUUAGAAUCGAUAUUUAUUGGUUCUGAAGACAUACGUAAACAACUACCACAAGAUUCUUUAAGAUUUGAUGGAAUUGAUCGUGAUUUUCGUCAAUUAAUUCAUGAAAUCGGUGAUGAUCGCAAUGUGAUUAAAGCAACAAGUCGACCACGUUUAUAUGAACGUUUAGAGUUAAUACAAAAAGAUUUAACUUUGUGUGAAAAAGCAUUGGCCGAGUAUUUAGAAACUAAACGUUUAGCAUUUCCACGAUUUUACUUUGUAUCCCCAACUGAUUUAUUAGAUAUCUUAUCUAAUGGUAAUAUACCAGAACAAGUUACUAAACAUUUAACUAAACUAUUUGAUUCAUUGGCUUCAUUGAAAUUUCGUCCAGAUGGUAACAAAGGAAACUCAAAAAUUGCAUAUCAUAUGGGCGCUAAAGACGGUGAACAAGUUAAAUUAUCAAAAGAUGUAAAUUUAGAUGGACAAGUUGAAGUAUGGUUAAAUAAAUUACUAGAUGAAAUGCGUGCUACAAUACGUUAUUAUUUAUCAGAAGCUGUAUCAACAUAUGAAGAAAAAUCCCGUGAUCAGUGGUUGUUUGACUAUCCAGCUCAAGUAUCAUUAGCAGGUUCACAAAUUGGUUGGACAACAGAAGUUAAUAUAAAUUUUGCUAGAUUAGAAGAAGGCUAUGAAAAUGCACUGAAAGAUUAUAAUAAAAAACAAAUACAACAACUAAAUGCAUUAAUCACAUUAUUAAUCGGUGAACUGAACUCACAAGAUCGUCAAAAAGUUAUGACUAUCUGUACCAUUGAUGUACAUAAUCGUGAUGUAGUUAGCAAAUUAAUUAGUCAAAAAAUUGAUAAUGCAUUAUCAUUUACAUGGAUUAGUCAAUUAAGACAUCGUUGGGAUGAAAAACAACAAGAUUGUUUCAUUAAUAUUUGUGAUGCACAAUUUCGUUAUGCUCAUGAAUAUUUAGGCAAUACACCAAGAUUAGUAAUAACACCAUUAACAGAUCGUUGUUAUAUUACAUUGACACAAUCAUUGCAUUUGACAAUGAGUGGUGCACCAGCUGGUCCAGCUGGCACAGGUAAAACAGAAACAACAAAAGACUUAGGUCGUGCAUUAGGUAUUAUGGUAUAUGUAUUUAAUUGUUCAGAACAGAUGGAUUAUAAGUCAAUUGGUAAUAUUUAUAAAGGCUUAGCUCAAUCUGGUGCAUGGGGUUGUUUUGAUGAAUUCAAUCGUAUUUCAGUUGAAGUUUUAUCUGUUGUCGCCGUACAAGUGAAAUGUAUACAAGAUGCAAUAAGAGAUAAAAAGAAACGAUUUAAUUUUCUUGGUGAAGAGAUUAGUUUAGAUCCAACAGUUGGUUUAUUUAUCACGAUGAAUCCUGGUUACGCUGGACGUGCUGAAUUACCGGAAAAUUUAAAAGCUUUAUUUCGUCCAUGUGCUAUGGUUGUGCCAGAUUUUGAAUUAAUUUGUGAAAUUAUGUUAGUUGCUGAAGGUUUUACUGAUGCUAGAUUGUUGGCUAGAAAAUUUCUAACCUUAUAUAAAUUAUGCAAAGAAUUAUUGUCGAAACAAGACCAUUAUGAUUGGGGUUUAAGAGCUAUUAAAUCUGUAUUAGUCGUGGCUGGUGCAUUGAAACGUAGUGAUCCAGGUCGACCAGAAGAUCAAGUACUUAUGCGUGCAUUACGUGAUUUUAAUAUACCUAAAAUUGUUACUGAUGAUUUACCUGUGUUUAUGGGUUUAAUUGGUGAUUUAUUCCCAGCAUUAGAUGUACCUAGAAAACGUGAUUUAGAACUUGAAAAAGAAGUUAAACAAGCUGCGAUUGAUUUGAAACUACAAGCUGAAGAUAACUUUAUAUUAAAAGCUAUACAACUGCAAGAGUUAUUCGCUGUAAGACAUUCAGUAUUUGUAUUAGGCAAUGCUGGUACAGGUAAAUCCAUGGUGUGGAAAACAUUAUAUCGUACAAAUUUGAACAUGAAAAAGAAACCAGUCGCUGUUGAUUUAGAUCCAAAAGCUGUUACAAAUGAUGAACUAUUCGGUAUUAUCAAUCCGGCUACACGUGAAUGGAAAGAUGGUUUAUUCUCUGUUAUUAUGAGAGAUUUAGCUAAUUUAACACAUGAUGGACCUAAAUGGAUUGUACUCGAUGGUGAUAUCGACCCAAUGUGGAUUGAAUCAUUAAAUACAGUGAUGGAUGAUAACAAAGUUUUAACAUUAUCGAGUAAUGAACGUAUUCCCUUAACGCCUACAAUGCGUCUGUUAUUUGAAAUAAGUCAUUUGAAAACAGCUACACCAGCUACUGUUUCACGAGCUGGAAUUUUAUACAUCAAUCCACAAGAUCUUGGUACAACUCCAUUUAUAUCCAGUUGGUUAGCUGCACGUGAACUACAAUCGGAACAGGCUAAUUUACAAAUUCUUUUUGAUAAAUAUGUCCCACCAUGUUUAGAAGUGUUACGUUCACGUUUUAAAAAGAUUACACCAAUUACUGAAAUUGCUCAUGUACAAAUGUUGUGCUACUUACUUGAUUGUCAUUUAACACCAGAAACUGCACCACCAGAUUGUCCGAAGGAAUUAUAUGAACUAUACUUUGUAUUCUGUGCUGUUUGGGCAUUCGGUGGAUCACUAUUUCAAGAUCAGUUAGUUGAUCAUCGUGUUGAAUUUAGUAAAUGGUGGGUAACUGAAUUUAAAAGUGUCAAAUUUCCAACAAAUGGUAUUAUAUUUGAUUAUUUCAUUGAUCCUGUGAGUAAAAAAUUCGAAUUAUGGUCGAAGAAACUGCCAGUGUUUGAAUUAGACCCAGAACUUCCACUACAAGCCAUGCUUGUACCGACAACGGAAACAAUUCGUAUACGUUACUUUUUAGAUUUACUACUACAACGUAAACGUCCUGUUAUGUUAGUUGGUAAUGCAGGCACUGGUAAAACAGUACUUGUACAGGAUACAUUCUCCAGUUUUAACGAAGAUAUUAUGAUUACAAAUGUACCAUUUAAUUUUUAUACAACAAGUGAAAUGCUUCAACGUGUUUUAGAGAAACCAUUAGAGAAAAAAGCUGGUCGAAAUUAUGGUCCACCUGGUAACAAACGUUUAAUCUAUUUUAUUGACGAUUUAAAUAUGCCGGAAGUUGAUACUUAUUUUACAGUGCAACCACAUUGUUUAAUAAGACAACAUAUUGAUCAUUCACAUUGGUAUGACAGAACAAAGUUGACAUUGAAGGAAAUCAAUAAUACUCAAUAUGUGGCGUGCAUGAACCCAACAUCCGGUAGUUUUACUAUUGAUCCAAGAUUACAAAGGCAUUUUUGUGUGUUUGGACUAAGUUUUCCUGGUCAAGAAGCAUUGAAAAUAAUUUAUUCAUCAAUACUAACACAACAUUUAGGAUUAAUCAAUUGUUCAACAGCUUUACAAAAGUUCGCCGUAAAUGUUGUUGACUGUGCAUUAUUAUUACAUGCCAAAGUGGCUAGUGUAUUUUUACCAACUGCUAUCAAAUUUCAUUAUAUAUUUAAUUUACGUGAUUUAUCCAAUAUAUUUCAAGGCUUAUUAUUUUCAACUAAUGAAUGUAUUCGUCAACCGAGUGAUCUAAUACGAUUGUGGAUGCAUGAAUGUGAACGGGUUUACUCUGACAAACUAAUUGAACGUGAAGAUGUUGAAUCAUUUCAGAAAAUUUUAAUAGACAUCACUAAAAAAUGUUUUGAGGAUAUCGAUGAAAGUAUAUUAUUUAGUAAACCAAAUAUGUAUUGUCAUUUCACACAAGGUAUUGGUGAACCAAAAUAUUUACCGGUAACGAAUAUGAAUGAUUUAAAUAAAUUACUAAAUGAAGCAUUGGAUAAUUAUAAUGAAUUAAAUGCUGUAAUGAAUUUGGUUUUAUUUGAAGAUGCUAUUUCGCAUAUAUUACGUAUUAAUCGUAUAUUAGAAUCACCACGUGGUAAUGCGUUAUUAAUUGGUGUCGGCGGUUCCGGUAAACAAUCUUUAUCAAGAUUAGCGGCAUUUAUUAGUUCGUUAGAAGUAUUUCAAAUUACAUUACGUAAAGGUUAUGCAAUUACUGAUUUGAAAGCUGAUCUAGCUAAUCUUUAUUUAAAAGCUGGAUUAAAAAAUACUGGUACCGUUUUCUUACUAACCGAUAGUCAAAUUAUUGAAGAGAAAUUUUUAGUACUUAUCAAUGAUUUAUUAGCAUCCGGUGAUAUACCAGAAUUAUUGCCUGAUGAUGAAGUCGAAAAUGUAAUUAAUGGGAUGCGUGGAGAAGUUAAAUCUCAAGGUAUACAAGAUACACGUGAAAAUUGUUGGAGUUAUUUCAUUGAUAAAGUACGUCGUUUAUUAAAAGUGGUGUUGUGCUUUUCACCAGUUGGUUCAACAUUACGUGUUAGAGCGAGAAAAUUUCCAGCUAUUGUUAAUUGUACUUCAAUUGAUUGGUUUCAUGAAUGGCCAAAAGAAGCAUUAUUAUCAGUAUCAAAACGAUUUUUAAGUAGUAUAGAAUUACUACCGGAAAGUAUUCGACCAUCUGUUGCAGAAUUCAUGUCAUUUACACAUCAGUCAGUUAAUGAUAUAAGUGUUACUUAUUUACAGAAUGAACGUCGUUAUAAUUAUACAACACCAAAAUCAUUCUUAGAACAAAUACAACUAUAUGAAAAUAUGUUAAAUCAAAAAUAUACUGAUUUAAUUGAUAAAAUGACACGCUUGGAAAAUGGUUUACAAAAAUUAGAAAGUACUUCACAACAAGUGGAUGAUUUAAAAGCAAAAUUAGCAGCGCAGGAAGUGGAAUUAGCACAGAAAAAUGAAGAUGCUAAUAAAUUAUUAACAAUUGUUGGUGCAGAAACUGAAAAAGUUAAAGGUGAAAAGUUAUUUGCAAAUCAAGAAGAAGAAAAAGUUGCUAAAAUUAAAAUUGAAGUAUCAAAAAAACAAAAAGAUUGUGAAGUUGAUUUAGCUAAAGCUGAACCAGCAUUAAUGGCAGCACAAGAAGCACUGAACACAUUGAAUAAAAAUAAUUUAACUGAAAUGAAAUCAUUUGGUUCACCACCAGCGGCUGUAGUUAAUGUGACAGCGGCUGUUAUGGUUUUAUUAGCACCAGAUGGUAAAAUACCAAAAGAUCGUAGUUGGAAAGCAUCAAAAGCUGGUAUAAUGAGUAAAGUUGAUUUAUUCUUAGAUAAUUUAAUUAAUUAUGACAAAGAGAAUAUUCAUGAGAAUUGUUUAAAAGCUGUACAAGAAUAUUUAAAAGAUCCUGAAUUCGAUCCAGAAUUUAUUCGUAAUAAAUCAACAGCAGCGGCUGGUCUAUGUUCAUGGGUUAUUAAUAUUGUACAAUUUUAUAAUAUUUAUUGUGAUGUGAAACCAAAACGUGAUGCAUUAAAUGCAGCUAAUGAAGAAUUACGUCAAGCAACUGAAAAAUUAGAAACUAUUCAGAAAAAGAUUAAAGAUUUAGAAGAAAAAUUAAGAAAAUUAACAGAUGAAUUCGAAACAGCUACUAUGGAAAAACAAAAAUGUCAAGAUGAAGCAGAAUUAACAUAUAAAACAAUUGAAUUAGCUAAUCGUUUAGUUGGUGGUUUAGCAUCAGAAAAAAUACGUUGGGCACAACAAGUGAAACAAUAUAAAGAACAAGCUAUUACAUUACCUGGUGAUAUUUUAUUAACUGCAGCAUUUUUAUCUUAUGUUGGCUGUUUUACGAAACGUUAUCGUACUGAACUACUUGAUCAACAUUGGAUACCAUUUUUGAAAUCAAUUAAUCCAUCAAUACCGAUUACAGGUGGUUUAGAUCCACUAGACAUGUUAAUUGAUGAUGCAGUUAUAGCUGCAUGGAAUAAUGAAGGUCUACCGUCUGAUAGAAUGUCUAUUGAAAAUGCUACUAUUUUAACUAAUGCUGAACGUUGGCCAUUGAUGGUUGAUCCACAAUUACAAGGUGUAAAAUGGAUUAAAACACGUUAUGCGACUGAUUUAAAGGUAAUACGCCUAGGUUCAAAAGGUUAUUUAGACCAAAUUGAACGUGCUAUAUCGUCUGGUGAUACAGUUUUGUUAGAAAAUAUUGAAGAGUCUGUCGAUCCUGUGUUAGAUUCGUUAUUGGGCAGAAAAACAAUUAAAAAAGGUAGAGCGAUACGUCUUGGUGAUAAAGAAAUUGAAUAUAGUCCGGAAUUUCGUUUAAUUUUACAAACGAAAUUAGCUAAUCCACAUUAUAAACCAGAAAUGCAAGCACAAACUACGCUAAUUAACUUUACUGUAACACGUGACGGUUUAGAAGAUCAAUUAUUAGCUAGUGUUGUCAAUAAAGAACGUCCAGACUUGGAACAGUUAAAAGCUGAUUUAACACGACAACAAAAUCAAUUUAAAAUUACCUUAAAACAAUUAGAAGAUAGUUUAUUAGCCAGAUUAUCAGCGGCGGAAGGCAAUUUUCUUGGAGACUAUGCAUUAGUUGAAAACUUAGAAACAAAUAAACGCACAGCCAUNNGGCUCUUCUAG